CAAGAAAUAGAAGCAAGCGGGGACGAGGCCCCUCGGUAUUUUUCGGGCCCGUGCAUAGGCGGCCCCUUUGUGUCUGGCUCCCUACCUAACUGCCCCUAAAAAUUCCAGUAUCGCGUUCUAGCCAGAUACCAAUCUUACCCAUACAGAAAGAUAGAGGAAGAGAGGUGGGAGAGGACGGGAGAGGGCGUGUGGAUUGAAUUGGAUCAGGAUCGGCUCGGAUCGAAGCCAAAAAUGGGAAGAUCGGAAUGGGAUCUGAACCCGCCAAUAAUCGGACUAUCCUUUCUUCGAAAGGGAUCAAAAUGGGCGUAUACGACGUAUUUGAGCUUUGGUCGUAGUCUAAGGUUGCAUAUGUAUGUUUAUGAGUGUACGGCUGGCAAUGGGAUUGAGGCCAAGAACAGCUUCUAUGACAUCAAUUAUUUCUUCUAUCCGUCUAUGCGUUAAUAUAUUUAUAUGGCGCACAUCACUCUACGAAUUCACAAUAUUUAUACGAAUAGAGAAGCGACAUUUUUCAAUUGCUGUUUCCAGCGGAUAUUUUCUAUCUCCUAAUGAAGUUCAACGUAACGCCAUAUGUCUGUCUUCGCGGAACUUAUUUUUGAUAAAUUCUCAUGGGUCUGAGAUAGGAGUCCUAUGAAGCGUAGAGAUAUUUCUUUUUUUUUUUCCUUAUGGCGACGAUCGUCAUCAUAGAGUUACGAGGGCGUGUCUUCAAAGAGCCCUACGCUCUUGUUAUAUUAGCGGCAUUAGGGUUCACUUUCAAAGAAAUAUCGCUAGACGGCGAAUUAAAUGACGGAGUUGCAGCGCGCUGUGACGUCGAGCAAAGAAGUAAACAACUGCUGCAAAUGGCAGCCUUCGAAUUACGGAAGAAUGACUCGCCCGUUAUGCAAGGCUCAGCAAUGGCAGACUGUACGAGGAUUCCGAAGAAUUCCACUGGAAUCCUUGGGAAGCUUGGAACUUCCUGCAGAACUCUUUGAGCCUCUUAGGGAAUCUAUUGCGUAUACGGAUUAGCUGGAACUACGAGGAACAAUUGGAGUGCAGUGUAAACGCACCCUGCAUAUCUUGAGGGUAAUGAAGUCUUAUCCAGGACCCACGUGUCUGCUUCGUAAGCACGUGUGUCGAGUCCGUGGAGGCUUCAUUUUCUUUGACGGGGUGCCUUUAUCACUUUAGGGAAAAAAAACGGAAGGAGGGAGAAGAUAACAAAACGACGCCUAGGUGACGUCGGGAGUUCGAGAAGUUAUCGGUAGGCUGAUGCAGCUGCAGCUGCUCAUUGGAAUCCUCAAGUGCACCUGCAUCGUCCUAAUGCACCAACCAUAUACAGACUCUUUGGAUUUAUUUCGAGGAUUUCGGAGAUAUCAUUUUACUCUUCAAGAGAUGCAACUAUUUUGUAUGUUAACUUUAUCAACUCUCUCUCUCUCUCUCUCUCUCUCUCUCUCUCUCUCUCUCUUUAGUAAAUCGUUCCAAUCAUUUUUAAUGCACUAAUAACAAGUUCGAGAUGGACAGAUUUCUCGGAAAAGCGGCUCAAUCGAGAGAACAAGAAAAUGGAAGAUAAGGGUAAUGCGCGCCAAAGAGAUUUAGAUAGAGAGAAAGAGGAGUGGUUCCAGAGGGUGCAGCUGCGAAAAAUCUCUGGGUGCACCUGCUCCCAUCGUGGGAAGAAAAGGUCUUGCGCCGCGAAUCCGAGUCCUCGCUCAAACGAAUCGACACUCUCUCGACAGAUGAAAAGAGAGAGAGAGAGAGAGAGAGAGAGAGAGAGAGAGAGAGAGAGAAACAUUCUUUAUUAUACUAGAGCGAGCCCUGUAAGUAUAAAUUGGGCAAAUGCGGUGUACAGUAA